ACAACGAAUCCUUAAUCAAAGCAAUUCUUUGUGCUGGUUUUUAUCCCAACGUCAUCUCUGUUUGUCAUUUUCCACAUUCUUCGCGGUGAGUAAACUAUAAUUAAACCCCCGUACAGACGUUCCCCUUGACAAGUUUACUUUCUCGUGUGGACGGUUUAAAAUUUUGAAGAAAACAAAUUCUCUCCUUUACGCUUUGUCUUUAAUACGCGCUUUGCUUUGCUUUGCGUUUGUCAUUACCUAAACCUACAACAGGUGUCAUCAUUACCUUUUUGGAGUCGGUGCAAAAAAGGGCUAUAAAAAUUGCAUAUCCAAAAUUGGCCUAUGAGGAAGCUUUCGAAAUUGCAAAGCUCCAUGCAGUCAUUGAGCAGUCGAAGGGAACAAUCUUGCAAGAUGUUCAUCGAAUCUUAUAAUCCACUAACUGAAUGUUAUAUUAAACAUUUAUCUCACGCCAAGGCCGCCUCUUGUCCUCUUGUUUGACAAAACCGUAGAAGUAUUUCUUGUAUACACUUGUCAAGUUUUCCUUGGAGGCCGUACACACGAACAAAUUUUCCUUGAUGCUUACAAAUUUUCCGUGAUGUUACUCUCAGUGUAUAUCCACACCGGGCAAGCUUGAAAAAUAUGCCUGGCCACGGUGAGAAUCGAACCUACGACCUUUGGAAUACUAGCCCAAACAUCACAAGCAUCAUCACAAGCAUCAUAUUCACCUGAGUACAUUACACCAACACAGAAAAAAUUCAUAUUUUCCUUGUCCGAAAGCUGGCAUGACUGGCAAAAUUGUCAAUUUGCCGUACUCACGACCAAAUAAAACUUGUCAAGGAAACAUUGCCGAGACGUACGGGGUUUUAUAAAUUGUAUGGGUGUAUACACGAUCUUUGAGAUUUGCAUUUUGGAUUGUAUUUAUAGAAUGUAAUCCUGUAUCUCGGAAGCUUUUUGUUACCUCCACUAGUCUCCGAGUGCUCUGUUUGGCUGUAAAUUAAAAAAUUGACUUUUUUUCCGUUCUCAGACCGCCACAGCUCUCUAUACAACAGGAUGGUCGUCAUGUUAAGGUGGAAGUGCAUCCCAAAUCUGUUAAUUGUUCAGAACGUUCAUUUCAUAGUAACUGGCUUAUUUAUUUGGAGAAAAUCAAAUCGACCAUGGUAAGUAAAGCAACAAAUGAGUUUUUAUUCUUAAAGUGUGACUAAUCCCAAGUAUGUUUUAUGUGCCAUGUGUAAUAUUUGCGUCAUUCGAAGAGGAAAUGUAAUAUAUCUUCAUAAUAAAAAAUCCCAUCUUCAUCAACUUUUUCACUGUCAAAGUUUCCGGAUAUGAUGUCAUUAGGUGAAAUGCGAAUUAUUUUCCUUUGUUUUUUGUAUCAAAAAUUCACCUAAUGACAUCAUAUCCGGAACUUUGACAGUGAAAAAGUUGAUCAAGAUGAGGUUAAAACUACGGUACAAAGAUGUGUUACAUUUCUUCUUAGAAUGAUCCAAAUAUUACACAUAUACGAAAAAUUAUCAUACUUGGGGUUAGUCACACUUUAACCUUGUGCCAUCCACGAACCUCAAAUAUGAUGUUGUGCAUGCGAUUUUUACGUGUAUAGUCGUGUAAAUACAGUAAGUCUUGCAAAUAGUCUCGUGUAAAUAGGCCUUUACAGUUUAUUAUUUAGUAAUAUCCUAUAUAUAUAUUUUUUGUGUAGUUAUUUAUUCACGACUGUAGCACAGUGACUCCGUACUCUCUGUUAUUCUUUGGUGGUGAGAUAUCAGUGGGUUUGGACGAAGACCAAGAGAUUGUUACCGUUGAUCAUUGGAUCAAAUUCAACUGCAGAAAUACUGUUGCGAUUUUAGUUCAGGUAUAUUUUCUUCCGUUGAUCAUUGGAUCAAAUUCAACUGCAGAAAUACUGUUGCGAUUUUAGUUCAGGUAUAUUUUCUUCGCCGUGAUUAUUCAUCUGACACCUGGCGCCUGAUUGUUCGAAAGCCGAUCAGCUUAGCCCUAGGUUAACCUAAAAUUCAAAGCAAAUUUCGCAACAGCUUGUUUAUAAAUUUGGAAAUAGGGCAUACCUACAAGACGGCCUUCAAUUUCCGCCAUCUUGGUUUCGAAAACAAAGCCGGUGUUAUAUCGUUCCAGUUUUUAUAGAGUUCACUGGUGCCCACCAUAAUCGUAACGUAAUAUUCCCACGUGACUGUAAGCAGGGAUGGAUUUGCUGGGGGCGGGGGGGGUGCACCCCCCUAGAUCAUGCUGGAUCCAUCCCUGACUGUAAGACCGGAAUACUUUUUUUUUGCAGAGACUGCGUGCAGAGUUAGAGAGAUUAUUCGAAGAAAAGAUCAGAUGCCCGAGUUUGGCGUUUGCUUUAAACAAGAAGUCUGGCGAAGACAGACAAAGUGUAUUGAUAAGGACUGUCAUAGAUCUCAUCACAAGUGAAUGACCAUCAACAUAUGGAAGGUUAUACCAUAGUUAUGGUUAUACUACGGUUUGGUGCUGGGAUCUUAGAUUUUGUGUGCCGCCACCUGGGUUGUUCUAGACUGUUGUGCAUUCAGCCCUUGCAAGUAACGUGAUAACAGAUGAUUAUGACGUCAUUGUCUUACUUUCACCAUUUUGCAAUUAGCCAUUUCCCAAUCGAGCAGAGGACUGGGUCUAGUUGAUGUUUGGAGGGACGUUUGGAGGGACAACAAGUUAUAUUGAGCGAUGCCUUAUUAUAAUUGUUGCGUUUCAGGCUGCACAAAUAACUUUAGGAAUGUAGGAAAACUUCCUACAUGCCAUAUUCGGCAUAUUAUUUAUUUUUUGGCCCUCCAAACAAGCGCCGACUAGACCUAGUUCUCUACUCGAUUGGGAAAUGGCUAAUACACCCUUCAGGAACUCUCUCAUCCGCAGAGGUUAUUUUGGAUCGUAGAAAACUUAUUUUGUUGCAGUAUUUAUAAUAUAUUUUUCGAUACUUUAUCACAGCCAUUUCUUUCGACUACAGUACUUUUUUACGCUACAACAUAUCUCCUAUACUAUCCGAUUCCGAAAAAUGUAUAUUAAAUACUGCAACAAAAUAGUCUUCUACGGUCCAAAAUAACCUCUGCGGAGGAGAGCGUUUCAGGAAAGUCGUCUUGGAGCCUCCGUAGAGCUUCGCUUUCGUGAUUGACACGUUGGGCUUUAACUAAUCUCACAUACACGAAACCAUUGAAUGGCAAUUGUUAGUCUACCGUAUUUCCUCUAUUGAGCCCGUAUUUCCGUAUUUCCUCGUUUCGUCCUCCCCAGCAUGCCGUGCGCGCUGAGCGCAGUUUGACAGAGAGACCUGGGUACGAGGCUGCUGAAAAACUGGCUGCUAAAAUAGCAAAGUCUAAGUUUAAAUUUUGAACUAUCUUGAAAACUUCCCUUUUGGCCAUUACGAUCACAUGCUGUCACAACAAUAAUGAAUCUUUGUGAAAACGUCUUGAAACUAUAUAUAUUAGAAUUCUGGAUAACGGAUGUAAUUAACUCUAUUAAGGUCAUAUCGUACAUUGGCAACAGUUUAAAAAGAACUGAAUGCGGAACGGCAUUGAGAUGUACGCCAAAAAGAUUUUAUUAGGUUUUGAACGCUUUUCAUCGCAAGUAUGAAACUCGUGGGUCAAAAGUCGUGUGUUGUGAGUAAAGUCGUGGGUCAUAAAAUGUGCUAAAACGCAUUUUUUCACGAAAAUAUUAUUUUUAUUUUUAAUAUUUUUUUCGUACUUUUUCCUUUUAUGCGCUACAUAAAUACAGGAAAAUUUGACGCAACAAAUCUCCAGUAAUAAAAGAAUAUACAUGCUGUUUAAUUUCAUGCUGUUAUAUAUUGUAUAACAAGUAAAUGUGUCCGUUUCGUAUAGUCUAACAAGAUGUAUUGCUUGAUGAUAUUAAGUUAUAGGAUAUAGGUUUAUUAGCUUUGGAAGUGUCACGAAUAUAGGAUAUAGGUUUAUUAGCUUUCGAAGUGUCUUCUAUCACGAACGUCGCGAAUAACUAUGUCGAUUGCAUAUGUCUGAUACAAACAUAGUGAGCUAUAAAUUGUACGCCGCCUGUAUUGAGUGUGAAGACUGUAAAGUGGCCAACGCUCGAGUCUCAAAUUUUGCUAUUUUAUCUCAGUCCCAGUAUAUGUUCGUGGCCCUCAAAGAUAGACAAACAUUUCAUGUGAUAUGGCGUUCGGACUUUGAUUUGGGAUUUCGCGAUUGAAAACCGAAAUGAUUUGUGCCGAGAUUUGUGCGAUGUUGGGCUAUUUGCCAGCGUGCUAGCCGCUGUUACUUUGGAAGAGUAUGAUACCUCUACACCUCUGCCUCUACACUUUUCAGCCGUAAUACAUAAAUGCGUGCAUGGGCGUACCGGAAGGAAAAAAUUAGGGGGGCGGAAAGAAAUUUGCCCGACUUUUCCGGAUUGUGCCCGACCAGUACCGAAAAAAAUUUUUCCGGAAUUUAUUUUGGCGAACUCCCCCCCCCCCCGUCGCCAAAAAAAAUCGGCCAGUGUACCAUUUUAGGGGUCAAAAAAUUUUCCGGACAUACCCUAAUUUUUCGGAACAUCACCCAAAUUUUCGAAUCAUCAUAAAAUUUACCACAUAAUAGACUGAAUUUGUCCCAUUUAUUUUUAUAAUAAACCACAUUUGCCCGACUGUUGAGCGAAUAUUGCCCGACUGCCCAACAAACUGGGGUUUUACCCUCUGUUCCGCGUUUUACCCUCUUUUCCGCGUUUUACCCUCUUUUCCGCGUUUUACCCUCUUUUCCGCGUUUUACCCUCUUUUCCGCGUUUUACCCUCGUUUCCGUUUUUCCGGUUCCGCCAUUCCAGUUCCGCCGGUCCGUUCCGUUUCCGCGUUUUAUCCCAACCGGGCAUUUAUAUGUAUUACGGCUGAAAAGUGUAGUGGUAGGCCUAUAUCAUAUAAUCAUAUUCUGUGAAAAUAACAGCGGCUAGCGCGCUUUGUCGGCGAAUAGCCCGACACCGCACAAAUCAAUUUCGGUUUUCAAUCGGGAAAUCAUUUCGGUUUCCAAUCGGGAAAUCAUCCCAAAUCGUAGCAAUUUCAGUUGGAAUAUUUCCUAAAGCCACAUACACAUGAAAUGUUCAGUGUCUAUCUUUAAGGGCCACGCACCGGCACAUACUCAGUAGGAGAUAAAAUGGCAAAAUUUGAGGCUCGAGCGUAAUAGCCACUUAUUAAUUACAGCGUAAAUCUAGAAUUUACGGCUCAAUAUGUUUGUAUCAGACAUGUGCAAUCGACAUAGUUAUUCGCGACGUUAGUGAUAGGACUAUAACACUUCGAAUAAACCUAUAUCCUAUAACUUAAGACGUUUUAUCAUCAAACUGAUACAUCUAUAGACUUAUUACUAUUAGACUAUACGACUGAAUGGAAACAUUUACUUGUUAUACUACAGAUAACGUACACAUUUUAUUACUGGAGAUUUGUUGCGUUAAAUUUUCCUGUAUUUAUGUAGCGCAU